CCCAACGCAUGGGCUCACUGGGCCGGAAGGAGAAGGCUCUCACAAUUCACGAGGGGAGGAGACGGUUGGUCCAGGCGGGCAGAGAGAGGGAGGGGGAGGGCGGAGGUGAGCGUGCGCGGCGAUGCCGGAGCUACCGGAGGUGGAGGCGGCGCGGCGGGCGCUGGAGGCGCACUGCGUGGGCCGGCGCAUCGCGCGCUGCGCCGUGGCGGACGAUUCCAAGGUGGUCGUUGCCGGCGUCGGCCGCGUGGCCUUCGAGCGCGCCAUGGUCGGGAGGACCAUCGUCGCCGCGCGACGGAGGGGCAAGAACCUCUGGCUCCGACUCGACGCGCCGCCCUUCCCGUCCUUCCAGUUCGGGAUGGCUGGUGCAAUAUAUAUAAAGGGCGUUCCUGUCACAAACUAUAAGAGAUCGGUUGUCAAUUCCGAAGAGGAGUGGCCCUCCAAGUACUCUAAAUUUUUCGUUAAGCUUGAUGAUGGCUUGGAGUUUUCCUUUACUGAUAAAAGGCGCUUUGCAAGAGUUCGCUUGUUUGAAGAUCCUGAAACUGUACCCCCAAUUUCUGAGCUUGGUCCGGAUGCUCUCUUUGAGCCAAUGUCUGUUGACAAUUUUUUGGACUCCCUGGGUAGGAAGAAGAUUGGAAUAAAAGCUCUUUUACUUGAUCAGAGCUUUAUAUCAGGCAUUGGUAAUUGGAUUGCAGACGAGGUGCUUUACCAGUCAAGAAUCCAUCCAUUACAAAUUGCUUCAAGCCUAUCCAGGGAGAGUUCUGAAGCACUGCACCACAGUAUCCAAGAGGUUGUGAAAUAUGCUGUUGAAGUUGAUGCUGACUGUGACCGCUUUCCAGAGGAAUGGUUAUUUCAUCACCGCUGGGGCAAGAAGCCUGGUAAAGUCAAUGGAAAGAAAAUUGAAUUCAUAACGGCUGGUGGCAGGACCACAGCUUAUGUGCCACAACUGCAAAAAUUGACUGGAACCCAGUCUAGCAAAAUGAUAGCUGCUAGCCUGGAACAAGUGGCCGCAAAUGGUGGCGCCGAGGAUUUAGAGAUGAAUGGAGAAGAUGGUGAUAAUUUGAGGCCAAAAAAGCGAGUUGCGACCUCCAGGGCUGCCAGGGGCAGCAAAAGAAAGACACCAUAGGUGGUACAUCGAGAAUAUGCGAAUAGCAUGGUGGUAAGAACUCCAGGUGUGAGGCUAACAACCAGGGUUUAACCCCGGUUCACGUAAAAAAGGGCUCCUCGUUGUGUGUUCUUUGUGGCCGUGGCGCGGUCGCUCGAUAGUGUGCGGGUUGUAUGUAGCCGGUUUUCAGAGUCUUUUCUCGAUCUUAAAUGCAAUACCUUCUGGAUAUCUAUUCCCUUGGGUCAAGUUUUCAUAGGUGGCACAUCCAAAGAAAAGGAAAAAUGGUGGUGAUGGUGAGAAACCAGGUAGUGAAUGUAGCAACAAAGAUGAUGUUACGAUUACAGAACCAAAUAAAGUUGGCACCAUUAGCAAUGGCGAGUAAGAUUUGGAGAAAUCUUCCAGUAGUGCAGGCCAUAAAUCACUUCAGGUUACAAGGUCAUCAAGGAACAAAGUGAAACCUAGCCAAGAAAGAUAGCUGGGGAUUGGUCUAUUUGUCUCACUGGCAUUUGCAAACUGCAUUUUGGUGUAUAUAUGUCGCCUGCAUGUUCGCAUUUAGUAUAUGCUUUCCUGUGCUCAUCCGGUAAAAUCCCUUGAAAACCAGGAGACGUGAUUUCCAUUCUCUUCGUUUUGUGCGUACCACUGUAUUCUGUACCUGAUGAACAGAGGAUGCCACUUCAACAUUCUUGGAGUGAUAUGUUCCGGGGGCACAUUUUGCUGUAUCUC